AUGGAUAUUUUUAGUCCUGUAGAUUGGAUUGUUGUCGGAAGACGCGGUACUCAAAUGCUCACUAACGAAGCUGGUGAAGUGACGAGUCAUUUGCAAGGGAUGUUCACAAGGACGAUUCGACUUUGGGAAGCUGGAAUAAAGCCAGUCUAUGUUUUCGAUGGGAUGCCGCCCGAUUUGAAGAAAAAAGAGCUUGCGAAAAGAGUCUCGAGGCGAGCUGAUGCAACCAAGGACCUAAAUGAUGCUCUGAAGAACGGAAAUAAUGAGGAUAUUGAAAAAUUUAGUAAAAGGACGGUGAAGGCUACACAAAAACAUUACGAAGACUGCAAAAGGCUUCUUAGACUUAUGGGAGUACCCGUCAUUGAGGCUCCUUGUGAAGCAGAGGCACAGUGCGCCGCACUUUGUCGAGCAGGCAAAGUGUAUGCUGUGGCCUCAGAGGACAUGGAUUCACUAGCUUUUGGAACGCCGCGGUUUCUCCGCCAUUUAAUGGACUCUACCUCCAAAAAAAUCCCGGUGGUGGAAUUCGAAGUCACGAAGGUUUUAGAAGAACUGAACCUCACAAUGGAUCAAUUUAUCGAUCUUUGCAUUCUCUCGGGUUGCGAUUAUUGCGACAACAUAAAAGGUAUUGGUGGUCUCACUGCUUUGAAACUAAUCCGUCAACAUGGCUCGAUCGAGCACAUUCUCGAGAGUAUUAAUAAAGAAAGAUACCAAAUACCAGAUGAUUGGCCGUACGGCGAUUGUCGGAGGCUCUUUAAAGAACCAUCCGUUUUGGACGAUGGUGAUCAUCUUGACCUAAAGUGGACUGCUCCAGACGAAGAAGGGUUGAUACAUUUUUUGGUAAACGAAAACGCUUUUAAACGAGACCGAGUAACCAAGGCAAUAGAAAAAAUGAAGAAUGCCAAGAACAAGUUGUUCGAGAGCGCGUUGCCAAAACGGGGAGCUCGAUGUAUACUUGCAGUUCCGAAACCAAGAAUCGAGCUUAAUACGUACUCUACAGGAGCAUCGUUUCAUUCCAGUUCGACGACGAUUUGCAGCAUAGGAAUACGACCAUCUGUGCAUCUUGUACUUUCUAGAAGCUUAUGCCGAAGCUGAAAGUCAAAAGCUACUCUUUUGUGCUUUUGUCGACUCGCUCGAUAGCAACAAAAGUCAUUUACAUGUCUGGAAAUCGAAACUUUUCUCACACUUGAGGAUUAAUUCUUGAUCUUUAGCUUCUUAUUCUACUGUGGAAUUGUAACUCCAAACGACGAUCUUUAAAGAAAAAAUAAGGUAAAUUCCUUUUUUUUUUUU